AUGGCAGAAGCUGGAGUUAAAUGCUGCCAAGUUGAAACCAACUGUUCCAGUUUUGUAGAGCUGUGUAACCCAGCUUGGCUAGUUCCUCUUCAUAUCCCUGAAAGGGUACUAACUAUACACUAUGAGGUCAUCUAUAGUGGCAUUGGACCUUAUUUAGAAUCUCACAGGCUUACCCUACAUCUGGAUGGAUUUAGCUACCUGGUCAAUAACACAAGACUUGGCAACAGACUUGGAGAGGAAGCACAGCUACCAUCAAUAUUCCAUUCAGUGCCAAUCAACUGUGUCCCAAACCUGAGUCCAAAUUGUGUUGUUGGAUCCUUAGAAAUGUCCAACCAUGUCAUCUUCACAUCUUCUGAAUUUGAAAAGAUGAUGUUUUUGAAGAUCCAAGCUGGCAUAUUGGAGCUGCAAGCCAAUCACUCAAAAAUUCCUGCUUAUGUUACCUCAGAGAAUUAUUCGCUAGUAUUGGAUGGUUGUGUUAGCAAAAUGGUUGGCCCAGUUCAGUCAUCAAUUCAUACAGUGACAGUAUUGAGUUUAGGAGAUGAGCAGGACAAAGAAAAAGUCUUCAUGGCAGUGCUAGAGAAAGGCAAACCUGCAAACUUUACCGAGCAGAGGGAUUCAAGUGGUAAAAAUGUCUGCCAGUUCUUGAUUAAUCUUCUCGACAAUGCAGCAAGUUAUUCAUGUCAGGUGAUUUCGGGCAGCAUUAGUGGUGUGAAGACUGGAUCAUUUGUUGUCCUGGUUAUGCUUGAGACUGCCUCUACAGAAACAUUUCGUGUUCUUCCGUUUGAAGGAAGUUCCAUGGAAUGGAAAGCACUUUUUCACUUCCCUACGUUACUUCAGUCUCUGGAAACGGAAAGUCCAAAUUGGCAGAGAAUUGAAUCCAAUUUCACUGCUGAAGGUUCAGAGGUUGCCUCCCUGCUGUCACUUACAGACAUAUCAUUCACUCCAGUUGCCUGUGAAAGUCUGUUUAUUUGGGGAAAUGUUCUAUUUUUCAGAACCAUUAAAUUUCUUGGGAUAAAGAAGGAAAGAACUGUGGUCAGUAAUGACAAUAACGACGAAACGUCGGUUCGUUUUAUCAUCACUCCCAAAACCUCCACUGCCAUCGUUGCUACCACUACUCCUACUGAAUAUGAAAGCGGUGUUCACGAAAUAAACACCACUUUAGCAACAAUACUUAAGCAGUAG